CGCUUCAACUAUCAAUUUUAAAACUGAAAAAAUGAGUUUCGAAAACAAAGUAGUAAUCAUAACUGGCGCCAGUUCUGGAAUUGGAGCUGCUACUGCCGUCCUUUUCUCUAAAGAAAAAGCCAAUGUUGUUCUGGUAGGAAGGAACGAGACGAAACUAGAAAGCGUAGCUGCGCUAUGUGAGACUAAGCACUUAGUUGUGAAAGCAGAUGUAUCAAAAGAAGAGGAGGCGAUUAAAAUAGUUGAACAAACAGUAGAUGAAUUCGGAAAGAUUGAUGUACUGGUAAACAAUGCUGGUGUAUCACGCUAUGGAAGUGUUGGAUAUGGUAACAUAUUAAAAGCAUACGAUGAAGUGAUGGCUACUAAUAUGCGAGCUGCUAUUAUUCUGACGUCAUUGUGUGCUAAGCAUAUAAUUUCUAGCAAAGGUAAUGUUAUUAACGUAUCAAGUGUGUUAGCAGUGAUACCACCGAAUAAGCCUGGCUUGUUACCUUACUGUAUAUCCAAAGCAGCAUUGAAUCUUUUCACUCAAGGCGUUGCUUUGGAUCUUGGGAAGCACGGUGUUAGAGUGAAUACGGUUAGUCCGGGACCAGUUAGGACAGAUAUUAUUGUAAACUCUGGGAUUCCAGAAUCGAAAUUGUCUUGGGCUGAUUUCGCAGCUAAUACAGUUCUGAAGCGAGUUGGUGAACCAGAAGAGAUAGCAGAUCUUAUUGUUUACCUCGCAAGUGAUAAAGCAAAGAGUAUUACAGGAUCUAACUUCGUCGCUGACAAUGGGUUCACUUGGAAACGUUAA